AUGGCUAUGCAAAUAACAUCGUUACAGAAACAAAGAAUACCUUUUUUUUUCGUUUUAGAUGUCGACGAGUGUGCUUUGGGAACGUACAAGUGCACUGCAGGUGCAGUGUGCAUUAAUACCGUAGGCUCAUAUAACUGCUCUUGUAGUCCUGGUUAUUCUGGAGAUGGAAAAGUUUGUACAGAUGUCGACGAGUGUGCUUUGGGAACGUACAAGUGCACUGCAGGUGCAGUGUGCAUUAAUACCGUAGGCUCAUAUAACUGCUCUUGUAGUCCUGGUUAUUCUGGAGAUGGAAAAGUUUGUACAGGUGAGAUAAUACUCUCAUUGCCCACUUUAGAAACAAGAAGAAACUGGGGCCAGUGUCAUCUCGCAGUGGCUUGUGGGACCAUUACUGGAGACAAACGUAAUGUGGAACGCUUCAUUGUUCCUAGUAAAGUUCAGUAACGAUCCCACAAGCCACUGCGAGACGCAACUCGACCCAGAUUUCUUAUCGUUUCUCAAGUGGCGAAUUAUUUAGACAAUAGACGUUUAAUGGAGUCUUAAAAUUAAAAUUGUGAAUUGAGAACUAAAAAGGAAAAGUAAAGGAAUUUACGAGGAGGG